ACUGGAUUAGUGGAAAGUAACUAAAAAAAAAGCGCAGAAAAUGCCGAGCGAAAUAAUUACACUACAAUUGGGCCAAUGUGGCAAUCAGAUUGGCUUUGAGUUCUGGAAACGCCUGUGCUUGGAGCACGGCAUUUCACCAGAUGGCGUUCUGGAGGACUUUGCCACCGGAGACAUUGACCGCAAGGACGUCUUCUUCUACCAGGCCGACGACAACCAUUACAUACCACGGGCAGUACUGAUUGACUUGGAGCCGCGAGUCAUUCACAACAUAAUGAGCUCAUCCCAUGCCAAGCUCUACAAUCCCGAGAACGUCUAUCUAUCGAAGCAUGGUGGGGGCGCUGGCAACAAUUGGGCCUCGGGAUUCUCCCAGGGCGAACGAGUCCAGGAGGAGGUGCUGGACAUAAUUGAUCGCGAAGCCGAUGGCAGCGAUUCACUCGAGGGUUUUGUGCUCUGCCACAGCAUCGCUGGUGGCACUGGUUCCGGUAUGGGUUCCUACAUGCUGGAGAGCUUGGCUGAUCAUUUUCCCAAGAAACUCAUACAAACCUACAGUGUGUUUCCCAAUCAGGACGAGAUCAGUGAUGUGGUUGUCCAGCCGUAUAAUUCAAUAUUAACUCUAAAGCGUCUAACCAUGUGUGCGGACUCUGUUGUGGUGCUGGACAACACGGCACUGAAUCGCAUUGCCACGGAACGGUUGCAUAUUCAAACGCCCACGUUCUCGCAGAUCAACAAUCUGGUUUCAACCAUUAUGAGCGUAAGUACGAGUACAUUGCGCUACCCUUCGUAUAUGAACAACAACCUGAUUGGAUUGACGGCACCUCUGAUACCUACGCCGCAGCUACACUUUCUCAUGACGGGCUACACGCCGUUGAUUACCGACUAUGAGACUAAAACAAAUGUGCGCAAGACCACUGUACUGGACGUAAUGCGUAGGCUGUUGCAGCCCAAGAAUAUGAUGGUUUCGUCGGCCGCCGAUAAACAAAAUCGUCACUGUUAUAUAUCGAUUCUCAACAUAAUACAGGGCGAGGUGGAUCCAACGCAAGUCCACAAAUCACUGCAGCGUAUACGGGAUCGCAAACUGGCCCAUUUCAUACCCUGGGGGCCGGCCAGCAUUGAGGUGGCCUUGUCGCGUAGCUCCCCCUAUGUGCAAACUGCUCACAAGGUGUCGGGCCUAAUGAUGGCAAACAAUACUUCCAUUAGCACGCUUUUCAAUCGCGCUCUAGCUCAAUACGAUAAACUGAAGAAGCGUAACGCGUUCUUGGAUCAGUUUCGACGGGAGUCCAUGUUCAAGGAGGACUUAUCCGAGCUGGACUCGGCACGCGACACUGUGGACUGUUUGGUGCAGGAGUACGAGGCAGCCACACAAAUCGAAUAUCGCCAAUGGAGUCCGCGCCUGGAGGGGCCUAAGCCGGCGACUGCCUGUUGAAUUACAAGUCGAAUAAAUUGCUUAAAGAGUGUCUGUUUGCAAAGCACAA